AUGGCAAAUCCCAAGAUCAAAGCAGUCUUCUUCGACUUCAUGGGAACAUGCCUCGACUGGCACAGUGGAACAAUCAAGGCCUUACCACAAUCUAUUCCUGAAGCACAGCGAUCAGCCCUUGCCCUGACAUGGCGGCAUGACUAUUUCGACUCCAACGCUGCUCGUCUUGCCGCUGGACAGCCUCCCGAAGACAUCGACAUCACAUUGCGUGUUACUCUGAAAGCACUCCUGGAAAAAAAUCCUGGCGUGAAGGGCGCUUUCGACCAGCAAGCAAUAGACAGAUGCAUAGCAGCAUGGUAUUCCAUGCCCGCAUGGCCGGAAGUCCGCGAUGCUAUUGAACAGCUGAAAGCUCUCGGGUAUGAAGUGUUUGUGUAUGCGAAUGGGACAACACGACUGCAGCUUGAUCUCUGUAAAUCAUCAGGAUUGUCGUUCAACACUCUGUUUUCAAGUCAGUUGUUGGGCGUGUAUAAACCGGCACCGGAGAGUUAUCAGAAAGUUCUGCAGCUAGUACAGUUAAGACCGGAGGAAACAGUCAUGGUUGCUGCACACGCCUAUGAUGUUCGAGGUGCGAAGGAUGCUGGGAUGAGGACUAUUUACAUUCAUCGAUGGACUGACGAUAUCAAUGAAGAUAUGAAGGUCGUGAAGGGUGAGAAUGAUUUCUUUUUGGAAGACAUGACGGAUCUUGCCGCGACUAUUGGGCGGUUGUAA